UCAGGAAAGACCGAGAGGGUGAGGUUAGGUAUAGGGCCUAUAGGCCAAAUCGUCGACAAUGAAGAAAUAAUUGAAGGAACCGGGAAGCAUCUUUAAUUGUCUCUGCGUGUUUUGACGCUCUGACUUAUAAACCUCAUUUCGUGUUUUCUAGAAACCCUAACGUUCUCCGUCUAUAACUUUUCUUCAGAUAUAGCUCCGUCUUCUCUGAAUCAUCCCAGUGAUUGCAGGUGCAAAACUGUUCCGAUUGGAUUCUUUUCGAGGUUAAGGAGGCCAUGUCUGCUACAGCAAACACUGCGGUUUUCACUAAUGUGGAACUUUCUGCGUCGCGUCUCCGCAAUGCGAAUCAUAACGGCACCAUAGCAUGCAGGCAAUCCAAUUCAUUCAAAUCUGCAAGCUGCCUUUUAUCUAAAGGAUUGGGGGGUCUUGAUAAGUCUUCAUUUCAGGCAUUUCAGCUCUCAUAUUGUAACUCAGCUGCUAAGACAAAUGGAAUUCUUUCGGGUUCUUGUUCUUAUGGUCUUGCACCGCAAAGAAAUCCACUUGGGAAAACAUUUUGCUCUGUAGGAGUGUGCACCUUUGGUGAAGAUGCUUUGGAGUCUCCUUCACAUGCCACAAAGGAAAAGUUGGGGGUGCUUCUUUUGAAUCUUGGAGGACCUGAGACACUUCAUGAUGUUCAACCAUUUUUGUUCAAUUUAUUUGCAGACCCUGAUAUUAUAAGACUUCCCAGGUUGUUCUUUUUCCUUCAACGGCCACUGGCGCAACUAAUUUCAGUUCUCAGGGCUCCAAAAAGUAAAGAAGGUUAUGCAGCCAUAGGAGGUGGGUCACCUUUACGAAGAAUAACAGAUGAGCAAGCGCAUGCACUGAAAAUGGCUCUGGAAGAGAAGGAAAUGCCUGCAAAUGUAUAUGUUGCAAUGCGAUACUGGUACCCUUCUACUGAGGAGGCAGUUCUUCAAAUUAAGAAGGAUAGGAUUACAAGGCUUGUUGUAUUGCCACUUUAUCCUCAGUACUCGAUCUCCACAAGUGGGUCAAGCAUCCGUCUUCUCCGAAGUAUUUUUAGAGAGGACCCAUAUUUGUCAAGGCUGCCGGUCUCUAUAAUAAAGUCAUGGUAUCAGCGUGAAGGUUACAUCAAGUCAAUGGCUACCUUGAUAGAGAAGGAGCUACAGAAGUUCUCCAAUCCUGAGGAGGUCAUGAUAUUCUUUAGUGCACAUGGUGUACCAGUUAGCUAUGUCAAGGAUUCAGGGGAUCCAUACAAAGAUCAAAUGGAAGAAUGUAUUUUCUUGAUCAUGCAAGAACUGAAAGCUAGAGGAAUUAACAAUGAACACACUCUUGCUUACCAGAGCCGAGUUGGACCAGUACAGUGGUUGAAGCCCUAUACUGAUGAAGUUCUUGUUGAGCUUGGCCAGAAAGGUGUAAAGAGUCUCUUAGCUGUCCCUCCAAGCUUUGUAAGCGAGCAUAUUGAGACUCUAGAAGAGAUUGAUAUGGAGUACAGGGAACUGGCUCUUGAAUCUGGCAUUGAGAACUGGGGUCGUGUACCUGCCCUCGGUUGCACUUCUUCCUUCAUUUCAGAUCUUGCAGAUGCUGUGCUUGAAGCCCUACCUUCAGCAAGUGCCAUGUCAACCACAGAAAGCACAAUUAAAGAAGCUGAAUCUGAUCCAGUGAAAUAUGCAAUUAGUGUGUUCUUUGGUUCAAUCUUAGCUUUUCUUUUGCUUUUGUCACCAAAGCUGAUCUCAACAUGCAGGAAUUACCUCCUUUAAGGAAGCAUGCACUCGCAAGCCUAGCUUUGUUCGUAUCAAGAUUCAUUAAGAGAAAUUGUACGAAAUGAUGGUGUAUAGCCAAAUAGUGUAGGUGGGAUUUUGCAUUUGCUUAUGUUUUUUAAAGGGAAAAUCUUAUUGUGACUAUAGUGGUGAACAAAUAAGUGGUAACCUUACCUUUUUUUCUCC